AUAAUGGUUUGGGAUAAAAGAGAAUAUACGGGACUGUCUGAAACACUUCGUGUACGGUGGACAUCAUGUUUGUUAUUACUGCUAUCCUCGUCUUGUUCAUAGCCGCCCUUCCAUCUCAGGCCUUCAUAUUUGAAGAUCACGAUGGUUGCAAGCUAGUUGCAAACAAAAGCACCGCUUGUGAAAAGCAUUACGACUGUGGUGUUAAAGGCGUCAUAUUAGAGUUCCGUACAUGCGAACUUGAAUCCCCAAAGAAUUGCGGAGUAAAGCUAGAGGCGGCGGACGAUGAUGGUUGCUGCACGUUUUGCCCAUGCAGGGAUAGCGAUGAAAGAGAUGCAAAUGAGUAUGGAGAGGGUGAAGAGUUUAUGGUCGGCAAGACAAAUCCUCAUGUGAAGAAGUGCAAGUGCUCGAUGGACUACAAGAUUGGCAAACUUGUUGCCCGAUGCAAGAAAGUCACCAUUCUGCCACCUAAACAGCCCACCAGGAAACCACCAAAUUGGGGAGCGUGGGGCAAGCGUCGACGAUAAAAAAUAGCGCGCACUGUAGUAAAGAUGCACCGUUCACAAAAUUGAACAACGCUCAACAGCGCUGGACGGUUGUAUACCUCCAUUCAGCAUAUCGUCGUGUUUAGCUCUUUUAAACCACAAUAAACAAAUAUAAAAUCCUA